AUGACAGAAGCGUCUAUCGACGCCAAAGGGCCGGUGGACCCCCAAACACCCCAGUCCAGCACCAACACAAAUGUUUCAAUUUUGGAUAACAUCAGGGCAUCAUUGAAGCGAAAGGAUGAUACCUCAAGAUUCGUCGGGUUGACGAUGCUCAGAUCAUUUCUCGACUCUUCCUCAGAGCUCAAAGACGACGAAGCAGUUAUCUUAUCACUAUGGGACGCAAUAUCCCCUAAGUUCCUUGAUCGUCUCCUCAAGUCAAAGGGUGGUCAGAAUGACCAGCAGUCCACGCUCGACCUGGGCGUGCUGGUCAUUCACAAAUUUACACAGCUGCUCCCUGCAGAAUCGAAGCGAGACAAAAAACUGGUCGGCAGGAUACCGGUCCUGGUUGCUACGGUUUUGCGCAGUUCUGAGGAAACGACGCAGCUCAUUAUCCAGACUCUGCUCGAGCUCGUGGCCUUCUCAGAAGGCGCCAAUUCUUUCAUAGCCAUAGAAGAUCCCAGCCCCUUGAUCGAGAUUGCCCCCAGUCAGCCACUUGCUCUCGAAGUCUUCGACUUGGCGUGGAUCAAUUGCAUGGCAGGGAGUACGGACCGAACAUCUUUACGGCCAGUCAUCGAUGAAAGUAUUAAGGGUCUUGUAUCAUCAUUCAAGGGUACUGAUGGCGUGACUCUUCUGCGCUUCCUGGGCAACCUCCUCAGGAGGUCUCAUCCCGAAGGCCUUCCGCUCAAUCCUACUUGGAUUAAGCCGAUUGUGAAUUAUACCCGAGAUCUACUCACAAAUAAACCGAAUCCUGAGGCCAGGAAUUCAUAUACGCUAGUCUCUGCCUCGCUGCUUGAGGUGUACCCUACUGAGGCGUCACGCCUCCUUUUCACAAAUGAUAUCAAGGCGGACCGACCCUUCGCCUACCUCUUUAUCACUCUCGUGCUCACAGAAAUCCGAGCAGUGACACCUCGACUUCUCUCGCUCCUCAAUGACCCCAGCUAUCCGGACACUGCCAAAAGACUAGGAUCCGCCUUUGAUAUCAUUACCCACUUCGUUGGCUAUCUGAUCAGAGCCAUGGAUGCCACGGCCGACGGCGAGGACGAUCCAUCUCUCAUGCCGGCGGAGUACCUGCUCAAACUGCGCACAAGUAUCUCCGAAACCAUGUCUCUGGCCAUCGAGUUCCUCCGCGAUCGGUAUGAUGCUUCCGUUGCCGGCGCGAUGGGUCUGCAUCCCGAUGCUCGCCCGAACGCUCCGGACCAGUGGCAAGACACACUGCCCAUCACCUGGGAUUCUUCCAAGGACGUCAUCGACAACGAUCCGCUCAUCCUCGCAGAAAUCCGUGCCCUCGCCAUCUGGCUCCGCGAAGACGACAACAAACUUUUGCGCAAAGAGGCUGCCGGCCUGACGGACAUGUUCAUGGACCUCUACCAGGCCAGCGCCCCCGAGAGGCUCGACUUUCGAUCUCCCAUCCUCGUCGCGCUGGAGGGUGUCGUUUUCGAGAACAAGGGCGUCGACGCCUUCGGGGCGAACGGCGGGUGGAAGAUUCUCAGCCACGAUCUCGUCAAGAUACUGCAGGGCGUCCCUUCUGCGCGGGACGACCGAGAAUCGUCUCGUGGCAUGGAGAUCGUACGCAUUCUGCUCCACUUUUCCGAGGCGGAAGAAAACGGCACGGAGGAAGACUGGAUGGGCCUGGUCACGGCGAUCGCAGCGUGGGCGCCUCCUGAUGGAGCGCAGCCGCUCGUGGACCAGGAGAUGCAGGCGGCAGUGUUGCAACUGGCCACUUCGCUGCUGACGAACGCGCAUGAGGGUAUGCAGAAGCGCUACGUUCACUCGACGGCUGCCAUUGUCGAGAUUGCGCGUCACUUGAGGGACCAGGUUGAUGAGGGAGAUGGGUCUCUGAGAGAAUCACUGGAUGAUGUGGUAGUCACGCUAGAGUCGCUAUGA